UGAGAGCGCUGCGAGCAUGUGAAUGCUGUUCAGACAAAAUGGCUUUUUUCUCGUUUUGAAUAUCUUAUGUCUUUGAAGAGUGGAUUUAGGUUGGACCACUCUAACACACUUUCCUGAUUUUAGACAAAGCUCAUGGAGGGACAGCAUACACUGAGCAUGGAGAACACCUCCCUGCACAUGAACCUUUCAUCAAGACUAAACAAUUCCUUUCCAGUAUCCUUGCCUGGCUUGGAGUACAGCGAAGGAGAGGUUAUCUUAAUUAUCAUCUUAAUGGUGAUUCUGAUUGUAGGCAUUGUCUUCGGCAAUGUGCUGGUCAUCAGUGCUAUUGUAAAAUUCCAGCGUUUGCAGACAGUCACCAACUACUUCAUCAGUUCCUUGGCAUGUGCAGAUCUGGUCAUGGGCCUCAUGGUAGUGCCAUUUGGUGCAUGCUACAUUCUCCUAAACAAGUGGCACUUCGGAAAAUUCUUCUGUGAGUUUUGGACGGCUACAGAUGUAUUGUGUGUGACCGCUAGUAUUGAGACAUUGUGUGUGAUUGCACUGGACCGAUACUUGGCAAUUAUGUGGCCUUUGCGCUAUCAGUCAAUGCUUACGAAGCACAAGGCCUGUGGGAUGCUCAUAGGGGUGUGGGCAGUGGCCGCCCUAAUCUCUUUCCUGCCCAUUCACAUGGAGUGGUGGGUGUCAGAUGAACCUGCGGCAUUGAGCUGCUUGGAAAACCCAACCUGCUGUGACUUCAACACUAACGCUGCCUAUGCUGUGACCUCCUCCAUUAUCUCCUUCUACAUCCCACUGGUCAUCAUGGCAUUUGUGUACAGCCGGGUCUUCCAGGAGGCCCGUAGACAACUUCAGAAAAUUGACCGCAUUGAAGGGCACAUACGCACACAGAGCUUAAGCACUCAGGAGGGAAAUGAGGUAAAGAACUGGAAGACCAAGUUCUGCAUGAAGGACCACAAAGCUCUGAAGACCUUAGGAAUCAUUAUGGGAACCUUCACCCUUUGCUGGCUCCCGUUUUUUGUGCUUAAUGUGGUAGCAGCCAUAUGGAAGAUGGACAACAUCAUGUUGCCAUUCAGGAUAUUGAACUGGAUUGGCUACGCUAACUCUGCAUUUAACCCCUUGAUCUACUGCAGGAGUCCUGAGUUUAGAUGCGCAUUUCAGGAAAUCCUGUGCUGGAGAACUUCUCAACUAUCUUCCACAAAGAAUAACAAAGUAUAUAACUACAGCAGCCACAUCAUGACCACAAGUCAACAUAAAGACCACCACACAAUGAGAGCCCUCACCAGCUUGCAAAAUAUUAAUGGAUGUUGACUGUUUAACUGCAGGUACCAAAGGCAUUGUAACAAAAAUUUAAAACGUUCAUAGUCCCUGUAUACAAUUUUAAAGCACCAGAGAUCUUUCAGUUUAAGCCCACUAUUGUCUGUCACAAAACCUUUUUUUAGGUUUUGUAGUUCUUGAACCAUGAUGAUUUGCCUGUAUUUACACAGUAUUUAUUAUGUUUUGUUGGCAUAUGCUUACAAUUUUAUUGAAAGAAUCAGAACUAAUGAAACUAAAGUAACUUUUACUAAAGUAACUAUUUCUGGACAAAGAAGAAAAUGUGUGCAAGAAAUAGAGGACAGAGUUUAAAAUGCUAGACAGUCUACCUUUUCAUCCAUCAGUCUUCAUGUUUUAAUUUUCAAGCUAAAACCUGCAUGGAUAGUUCAUUCAUAUAUAAAAAUAUACAUAUAAAAAUGCCUCAACUUAUAAACAGAGUCUAGAUUUAUACCAUAAAUUGUGCAUUACAUAUCUUUAAGAUCGUCAAAGGGUUGUUUUGCACUAUACAGACUUGUUACAUUCCAUUAAGAGCUUUGGCUCGCAGAAAGCCAGGGUCUUCAAUAUCUCUGAGCACUCCUUCAGAGAGAGAAAAUAUAACCUUAUGAUGUGGGACAACAGGUGCACAUUGCUGUCUGUGCUAUAACCAGCUGUUCUUCUUGAAACGAAAAAGGCAGGAGAGCCAUAUAGUUCUCUCCAAGCCCUUCAACCAUUCCCUGUUAAAAUUUCCACUGGAAAACUGUUUUAAGGUUACAGCUGAAGUUUUGUUCUAUAAAGGUUCUUAUAUAAAGUAUUUAUAUAAGGUCUGCCACAGGCUGGGUGGCAAAAUAAUGAUGCCGUAUUUACCAUGUAACUAUUUGCUAGGAAGGUGCAAAGAUUCUCAUUGUUUAACACUAUUUAAAUGUUGAGUUUGUAAAUCUUAACAAAAUAAUAACAAAACACCUAUUUCUUAUAUAGCUUCUGGCCUCCAUUUCAUAGGGGUAAAUUUCCAUUACUAUUGUGGUACUGUUUAAAGUACAGUUGGUACAGUCCAUUUGGCAAAGACUUAAGCAAUCAAUUGAUAUUGAAAUUGCUUAUUUUUAUCUGUGUUGUUUUAUAUAAUCGCCAGGGCAGUGCAUGACGUACAGUGUGUACAUAUUUACUAAUACAGUAUGUCACAGGCAUUGGACAUAUUGAACAGCUUAUGUGCUGUUAGCCAGGGUGAUGCCAUAAUCAUUUAUUUUUGGGCAGUAGUAAAAUGGGGAGUUUGAGAAUUGUAAAAUAAUUAUAAAAAAAUAUUGUGUUACUUAGCAAACUAAUGUUCCUUUUUUCAGCUUAGAAAAGAUUUUCAAAAUAAAUUUUGACUACAAUUUGUUCUAUGUUGUCCUCCUUACGGUAUAAUAACUAUAUAUACUAUUAGGAACUGAUUGAUAUUACUGUACUAUAUUACUAUAGGGUUUAGGGUUAGUUAAUUUACUAUUAUAAGGUUAUACUUUAUUUUGAUAGUCCACUUUAAACAUUCUACUACCUAUAAACACCUUUGUAACUACAUGUGGACUACAUGUGAACUGAUUCUUAUUAAUUUGCAACAUUUCUACUAACUCUCAAAGUAGAC